GGCUCUGGUGUGUUCAGUGCUGGACUGAAGGGUAACUGGACUUGUUGAUGUUGAGUUGGCGUUUUGGAUGAAGAGCCGAAGAGAGUCCAGACGAUAUAAUAAAAGAAUACAAACUCAAGUGCUUUUGUUCGAGUGCCAUGACUGUACGCAGGGUGAAUGUGGUUAUUCUUGUGCUGCUCGCCAUCGCCUUUUUGAUUAUUUUGCAUCGAAAUCUGCUAAAUCUCAAUGAUUUCCUGAAGCAAGAGAAUCCAGACACAGUGGCCGGGAUGGUCCUGCCCUUUGAGACUGACCUCCUGUCGGGUCAUAAGGUCAUCAGAACAGGAGAUGAGAUCCCAGUGCUCAUCACCGCUCCAGAGGAGAGACUGGGAGCCGCUGUCACCGCCAUGAACAGCAUCUACCGCAACAGCAAAGCUAAUGUAGUGUUCAACAUAGUGACUCUAAAUGAGUCUGUGGUUCAUCUCAGGACCUGGUUGAGUAAGACUGACUUGAAACAUAAAAUUAUCAUUUUUGAUCCGAAGAUCCUGGCAGGGAAAGUUUCCACUGACCCUCAGAAGGUGGAGGCCGUGAAGCCGUUGACCUUCGCCAGAUUCUACAUGCCAGUUUUCUUGCCAGAUGCAGAGAAAGCAAUUUACCUAGAUGAUGAUGUAAUUGUGCAAGGGGACAUUCGGGAGCUUUUUGACACCAGUCUUAAGUUUGGACACGCAGCGGCGUUCUCCGAGGACUGCGACUCGGCCUCCUCUAAAGGCAUGGUCCGAGGAGCUGGAAAUCAGAACAGCUAUAUUGGUUUUCUGGACUUCAAAAAAGAGGCGAUCAAGAAGCUCGGGAUGAGAGCAAACACUUGCUCGUUCAAUCCUGGAGUCUUUGUGGCCAAUUUAACCGAGUGGAAGCAGCAGAAUAUCACCAGCCAGCUCGAGUUCUGGAUGGAGCACAAUGCGAAAGAGGAUCUUUACAGUAAGACUUUAGCGGACAGCAUCACAACGCCACCUAUGCUCAUCGUCUUCUACAAGCACCACUCGAACAUCGAUCCCAUGUGGCACGUCCGACAUCUCGGGGCGACAGGAGCGGGGAAUCGGUAUUCAGCUCAGUUUGUGAAGGCUGCUAAACUUCUCCAUUGGAACGGACAUUAUAAACCGUGGGGAAGGGUCUCCUCUUUUUCUGACAUUUGGGACAAAUGGUACAUUCCAGAUCCCACAGGUAAAUUCCACACAAUCCGGAGACACGCCGAGGAAAAAUAGACCAAAAAGUGCUUUGUGAAGGGACCGCGUCAGACAUUUGGCUUUGUUCAGUGGAUUUCUGGACCUUUGUAAUGUUCUUUCAAGAAACCUAGUUACUGGGACCAACAGCAAAGCGAUUCAACACCAGUCAAUGCACUACCUCGAAUUAUAAAGUAAUAACACUAAAACAUUUAUGGAAGAGCUUUUACAUAUUGUAUAUACAUCAUCCAUGCAAAAGUUUAGAUUUUGCUUGUUUUUUAUAUGUCAUAAUCCUGAAUAUUUUGAGGUGGAAUUGUAGACCCACUGUUUUUUUGUUACAAAAUUCCCAUUUCAUGAUCAAUAUUUUAGUCUGUUUCAGGGCUUACGACACAAACCUGUAACUAUUAACAUUUCAGAUUUUCUCUGACACUACACAAACCACUUUUCCCUUCUGUUAAGUGUUAUAUUUCUGUUUUUUUCAUCAUGCUAAUUUGUACACAACGGAUAAAGUGUUAUAAUAAAGUACUGACUAAAGGUC